UCGAACACCACAAAAAAAUGGCGCAAGCCAGUGUGGCUGCGGUACGAGAUAGCCUCAUAAAAUGCAUAUUUUUCUGCGAAUUUCACCCCACUGCUGGUCCCAAAAUCACAUAUCAGGUUCCCGUCAACUACAUCAGCGAGGAAACGUUCAGUUCAAUCAGCGUCUACCUCAUUCCCAAGCCAGAGCUUCAGCAUAAACUGAUGACUGUGAACAUGUGUGAGAUGAAGGUCAUUGGCUACCCCGUGGGUAUUGACAGCGCCCAGUACGACCGCAACAGACUCAUGUUUAACCUGUGCUUUGUUUGUGAUGCCAAAAUGCGGACCAUUCAGUAUGAGCCCAUUGUUCGGAAGCUGGCAAACUACCUUAUCACGUUGGAGCAAGAAACAAAUUUCAUCCUCGAUGAGUCCAAAAAGCGGCAGCUGCCUAAGAUCAUGUCGGAGAUAUUGCACGAUCUCAACAUCAAGCGAAGUUGUUCCAUUCCCAUAAAUGACUCGACAACAAUAUACCUCAAGGUGACGACUGUCCACGAGGCCCCCUGUGAGGUGUCUGACCACGACGUCCCCAUCUUUACGGCCAGCAGGCCAGCAUGCACUCCGUCCCAGUGGGACCUCACCACACAGCAAUGGGAUAUCACGGCGAUGCAGAUCCUGCCUUACAUUGAUGGCUUCAGGCAUGUCGCUAAGAUUGCCAUCGAGGCCGAUGUGGAGGUGAGCCUCGUCAAGGAGUGCAUUCGGAACAUGCUGUACUAUGGUAUAGUCCAGCUGAUCCCGCUGUUCCUGUACUCCGCCGUGUACACGACGACGCCCGAAAUCCGCAGUCUGGCGUCCGACAUUGCCCUCCAGAAAGAGUGCAUCGCUUAUGUUGCCAGGCAAGGUCGGCCAAGGCCUUCGUUCCGCUCUGUCUUCGAGAUGUACUGCAGCUUCCACCUGAGCAACAGCGUCCGUGAUAUCUGUUCGCGCACAAAUCCCCAUGGCCUCGGCAUCGACGAGAGAAAACUGGUCCAGUUUGGCGUCAUGAAAGGCCUUUUGCGACGUAUUCACAAGUACCCAAUUGACUUGAAGAUGUCCUCCAAUGCUCCUUCGAAAAGCAAGGUGGUUGGAAAAUACUGCGACGGCACUCACAGCUAUGAUGACAUUUGUGCAAAGACUGGGCUCAGCUACAAGGAGCUGGACGACAUACUCGACAAGGAUCCAAAUGUCUGUGUCUGUUGGAAGUAGGUGCUGCUGACAGGGUGCCUGUAAAUAUAUUGUAUAUUCGUGUGGAAUAAAUCGAUUUAUGAAUUAAA